AUGCUUCGAAUAGGGGAAGUUGACCCGGUCAUCACUGCAGACCAAGAACAUGUAAAAUAUGACUUUCAUGCGAGCAAAGAAGGUAUGAAUUACUACAGAUUCAUCUUCAACUACCGACCUCGGCCCGUUCUAGAAUUGAUGGGUGUUAUCGAAGGUGUAGCAGCUGAAAUACCAACAGAUGAUGGUAAGAAACGUCAACGUGAAUUUGAUCCUGGACCUAAUGAAACGUCGACAAAGGAGAAAAAGAUCAGAGUGAAGACCGACAAGAGAGGGAGGCAGUCAAAAGCGCUGUGA